AUGUCUUCAGAAGCUGUAGAUGUGAAAUCUCCAAGACUAUUCGCUUGUGGAUAUCCUGGUUGUCAUGCAUCGUUUAAAAGAAGGUCUCAUUUGGAGCGUCAUGCUCAAACUCAUACUGGAAUAAAGCUCUUUAAAUGUCAUGAAUGUUCGAAGGCGUUUGGAAGAAGUGACCACUUACGCCGUCAUAUGAUGUUGGUACAUAGUUCAAUCGAAGAAAAGGCGAGUUAUCCAUGUUCGUCGUGUAAUAGUGUAUUUAUGAGCCCGACAUCUUUAAGAAGGCACAUUAAAAGGUCACAUGAUACACCAUAUAUUUGUGAGGUUUGUGGCAAUCUCUUUCCCUCUGCCACUUCUCUUCAAAGGCAUACUCUCAGACAACAUCUUACUGCUGAAAUUCCAUUCCCUAAUCGUACAGAAGAUAGCAACUCAAAGCAAUGUUGGUAUGUUUGCAGAGCUGAUCCAAUGCUAUGUUCAGCAGCUUUUCUUUCAUACCCAGGCUUAGUAAGACACAUUAAAUCUAAACACUGGUCUUCAACUAAUGAACCACAGCCGCUAAUUCUUAACCAAAGUCAGUGUAUAAUAAAUAAUGAUAAUUCACAAAAUCAGUGCCUCUAUGCUUUGCCUAAUGAGGCCAAUGUAGGUCACAACGAAAAUGACCCUUUAUUGAAUAACACAAUUGGAGAAAAUAAAGAUAGUGAUAUUGAUUGUUCAUAUAGGUGUCCAUAUCCUGAUUGUGGAAGAUUUUAUAGCUCGAAGAGUAAUGUUAGAAAACACAUACAAGUUUCUCACUGCAACAGCAAGCCUUACGAGUGCCACUUAUGCCCCAAGAAGUAUGGCUACAGAACUCCUUAUAUUCGCCAUAUGAAGAACAGCCACCCUGAAUUUCAAGACGAUAACAUAAUAAAUGAUCAUUGUAGUGGAAUUACUACGAUGGACGAAUCUCACAGCGAUCUAACGAUACCCGGAACUCCUCACUACCCUCCACUAUACGUUGAUGCUAUCCCUUUUUAA